AGAUUAAGAAUUUAUUGAAGGUUCUAAAAAGUGAUAUGAGCAAUUUGUAUAAGCAAGACAUGAAGUAUGUUGAUAGUAGAGACUAUCGGACCUGUGGUGUACCCUGGUGUACCCAUGGCUUAAUUUAUAAAGGUCACGUCGCCUCCCAGGAGCUGACUGAGAAUAGGGAGUGGACCAUGGCCCUCAGGGUGCCCACGGCCAGAUAUUGAGGCUUCAAACAUGACACCAAAAUUAGAACUGACUGUGGAUGGGUCAAGUGUAAGAGGACUACAGGAGGGAGCUAAGGAGAUUGUUCAACAUGUUCAACCAGAUUGGAAACAAGAUAAACUUGAAUUUAAGGUAUACACAGAAGGUAUUACAAAUCAACUGAUCGGAGUGUGGUGUGAAGACAGGAACAGUCAACUGCUAGUGAGGGUUUAUGGCUGCAUGACAGAAAUGUUUAUUGAUAGAAAUGCAGAAAAAAAAAGCUUUGAGGUUUUACACAGAUCUGGGUGUUGUCCACCACUGUAUGCAACCUUUAGUAAUGGACUGUGCUAUGGAUUCACCCAAGGUUCCCCCAUUUCUCCCGACCUUGUCGUUCAGGAACCUAUUUGGAGGGCCAUCUCACAAGAAAUGGCUAGAUAUCAUAAAAUAAAGGUGGGCGAUGUAGAACAUCCUGUACUAUUUCCUAAAUUACAAGCUUUUUUGAAACUCACACCAAGCUCAUUUGAAGAUGUCAACAAGCAGAUGAUAAUAGAUAAAUGUGGUUAUAACAAAUCUUUGCUAAGUAAAGAAGUUGAUGAAUUGGAGUCAUGCCUCACCGGUCUAGGGUGCCCCGUGGUCUUCAGUCAUAAUGACAUCCUCCUUGGUAAUGUCAUUUGGAACCAAGAAACUCAGAAAGUGGGUUUCAUAGACUAUGAAUAUGGAGGGGCUAAUUUUCAGCCAUUUGAUGUUGCCAACCACUUCAACGAAUUUGCUGGUGUGGAUGUAGUGGACUACAAUCGGUAUCCAAGUGCAGAGUUUCAACGACAGUGGCUGCGAAGUUAUCUGUCACACUACCAGGAUAUACCUGAAGAAGAAGUAAAAGAACAUGAUGUGGAACUUUGGUAUGUGUGGGUCAACAAGUUUGCUCUUGCCUCACAUUUGUUUUGGGGUUCCUGGGCAAUGGUUCAAGCAAACUAUUCCUCCAUUGACUUUGAUUUCCUUGGAUAUGGUAUAACUAGAGUUGAUGAAUAUUUCAAGAGAAAGAAUGAAUUCCUGAGCCUCACACCCAACCUAUAGUAGUUGCAGCCACUGGCAGCCAAACCCUUCAAGAUAAUCAAGCAAUAGAUAAGAGAAUAUGCAUUAUUUUAACAAUCAAUGCCUGUAUCUAAUGGUGCUAUUAUGAUAAUAACUGUCAUUUUUAUUAUGAUGCUUACUAUUGUGUGAGUACGAAUGACUUGAAUUGGUUCCAGUAAGAGGCAAGCAAUAGAUUUUAUGUAAAUGAUGAUUGGCUUCUCAUAGGUUAACGUUAUUUUAAGUUAUGAGCACUGUAUCCACAUACAGUACAUGAAAUCACAUGAUAUAAAACACAUCUUUUCCAUGUUUUUGAAAGUAUCUGGAGUAGUAAACACAAGCACAAUGAGUCAUCAGCUUUAUCAAAUUACUGGUUGUAGAGCCACCUUCACUAGAUAAAGUUCUGAUAAAAAAUGGGACAACUGUACUCAUGUGUCUGUUGCAAUAACAGCAUAUUUAGUCAUAUGGGAAGAGGCAAUACGUUGGCAAUAAUAGUAGUGUUCACUUCUUUAAGCCAGACAUUUUUUAUUUCAGGUUUUAUGGAAUUUUACUUGUCAAAGUUUAUUGUCGAGGAUUGCAAUUAAAAAAAUGUGGUGAAUCUAUAAAAUUUGCAAAUGUAAUGAUUUAAAUUUGAAAUCCAUUUUAUUGCAGGUGUUAUAUGAUAUUUUGCCAGUACAGUAAACCCUCAAAGAUCCCAACCCGGUAAAUCCAAAUUUCGGAAGAUUUUGGGCAAAAAAUUUGGGGCUCUGGGUUAAGAGGCCUCCUGAAGAAGCAUUUCCAAAACAGGGUGAAGGUAGUUUUAGGCUUAAAGUUUUUUCUUUUAAAAUAUGACAGACUAAACUUAGCAGAAUAUAACUUGCAUUGCUGGAAUCCUUGUAAGAUAGCAAAUAAUUUGAGUAUAAACAUCACAUAGUUUGCACAAGAGAUCAAAAUUUCAGUCCUUCAGUGUAGUACAUUUAAGUACAAGUUUUUCAACUCGUAUUUUUCGGUAAGUAUAUGUAACUUCUUCAUUUACAUGCACACACCAUCCUAAAUACAUAUUGUGAAAAAGGUAAAAGAAAUAAUUGUCCUUAGGGCAAACUUGUACUGUACUCAAAUGUA